CUUCUCUUCUUUGUCUUCCUUCAGCGUCUCGACUCUAGAUCCCCCAACGACACCGUUUAUUCCCCUAGCCGUUCCUUUUUCUCUGUCCGGCCCCUCAAGGACCCUCCCGAGUCACAAUGGUCUUCACUCCGUCGGAAUCCCUCCCCAAACUCCCCCACGACCCCCCAGACUCCAUCACCAUCGCCGAAUUCGUCAACAAUGAGAAAUAUGGCCGCUACCCCGUCGCCAGGGCCCGGAACCCCUUCACGUGCGGCAUCACCGGCAAGACGUACACCAUGGCCGAGGUCCUCCAGCGCGAGGACUUCAUGGCGCGCGCCAUCGGCAAGCGACUCGGCUACGACAUCUGCGAUGGCACGGAAUGGGAUCGCGUCGUUGGCCUGUUCUCGCUCAACACGAUCGAUUACCUCCCCCUUACCCACGCCGUCCACCGCCUAAACUCCAUCGCGACCCCCGCCAGCGCCGCAUACUCAGCACCCGAGCUGGAGCACCAGCUUCGAUCGUCGGGCGCCAAUGCGCUCUUCACCUGCGUCCCGCUGCUCGAGACCGCCCUGGCCGCCGCAAAGGCCGCUGGAAUCCCCCACGAGCGCAUCUUCAUUCUGCCCAUGCCGGGCGACAAGAAGGUGCCCUUCAAGACGAUUGAUGAUUUGGUUGACGAGGGCAAGGCCCUGCCAGAGCUCCCGCCCCUUAAUUGGACCCCGGGGCAGGGAGCUCGCCAGGUCGCCUACCUGUGCUACUCCAGUGGAACCUCUGGCCUGCCUAAAGCAGUCAUGAUCUCUCACCACAACGUCAUAUCCAACGUCAUGAUGAUAAAACAAUACGACCAACCUGGGCGCAAUGCCGCAUCAGUAGACACCCAAGUCAUGCUCGGUCUCCUGCCCUUCUCCCACAUUUACGGCCUCGUCGUCAACGGCCUGUACGCCUUGGCCACCGGCGACGAGCUGGUCGUGCUGCCGCGCUUCGAGCUCAAGUCGUUCCUCGAGACCAUUCAGAGAUUCCGCAUCGAGCAGAUGGCCAUUGUGCCCCCGAUCCUGAUCCAAAUGCUGAGCAAUCAGGAGCUGUGCAAGAAAUACGACCUGAGCUCAGUGCGAUUUGCGUUUAGCGGCGCCGCUCCGCUGGGCAUGGAGACGAUGAAUGACAUCUUGAAAGUGUACCCGAACUGGAACUUGUGUCAGGGAUAUGGCCUGACUGAGACAUCACCCGUCGUGACGUCCACCAGCGAGCUGGACAUCCUCCCCGGCUCUUCGGGCUCGCUUCUACCUGGACUCCGAGCAAAGCUCAUCGACUCCUCCGGCAAGGAGGUCACCGAGUAUGAAACUCCCGGCGAGCUGUUCGUACAAGGCCCGACUGUCGUUUUGGGUUAUUUGAACAACCAAAACUCCACAGCCUCAACCUUUGUCCAUGACAAGGACGGUCGGUGGAUGAGGACGGGCGACGAGGUGCUGGUCCGGAAAUCCCCCAAGGGCAACGAGCACUUUGUCAUCACGGACCGAAUCAAGGAGCUCAUCAAAGUCAAGGGUCACCAAGUUGCGCCCGCGGAACUCGAGGCUCAUCUCUUGUCCCAUCAUCUCGUCGCCGACUGCGCCGUGAUCCAGGUCCCCGACGACAGGGCUGGCGAGGUGCCCAAGGCCUACGUCGUCAAAGCGAGCGAAGCCCAGGGCAAGUCCGACAGCGACGUGACGGCGGCCAUCCACAAGCACGUCGAGGACCACAAGGCCCGGCACAAGUGGCUCAAGGGAGGAAUCGAGUUCAUCGACGUCAUUCCCAAGAGCCCAAGCGGCAAGAUCCUGCGAAGGCUUUUGAGAGACCAGGAGAAGCAGGCGAGGAAAGCCAAGGGCGCUAAGCUUUAGACAUUUGCAUCAUUGUUAUAGACGGUAUACCCAGCGCCUUAUCGAAUUCAUUACUCAGCCUCUCGAAGUAGCCGUGGUUCUGCCUAAAGGCAUGGCGGUCAGUGCAACGUAGUAGCCAAUGCGACACAGCGGCAUGUGCAUUUCCCGUCCUAAUUCUCCGAGCAAUAUUAGAUCGAUGACAG